CAUAGACACCAAUACACCAUAGAUCACACCUCUACUCCUCCUCCUCCUCAGGAUCGCAGCCUCCAUGCAAUGGCUUCCCUUACCACCACCGCCGCCGCUCCACAUCUCUCCCAUGCCUUGAGACGACGGCGCAACGCCGCCGUGCCUAGGCGAAGGCCCUCCUUCCGCUGCCAAAACCGCCUUCCCACCGAGCCGCCGAUCGGCGGCGACGGAGGAGGAGGAGGAGGAAAGAAGAGGGCGUGGUGGGUGACCAUGGCCGAGAGGGCGCACAGCGGCGUGGUGAAGGCCGGGAUGGACGUGCGGGAGAGCCUGAGCCCGAAGCAGAAGGGGGACUGGAAGGACGUGGCGCUCAUGAGCCUCUCCUUCGCCGUCUACGUCUACAUCUCCCAGAGGAUCGUGUGCACAUACUGCGCCUGGGUCUCCAUGAUCAAUCACUAGCUCAAAUUUCUAGAUGUAUAGUCAAAUAUUUAGCGCCAACAAAGCCUCUGAUGCUAUCAUUGUACUUGUAGUUCAUCACUCUAGAUGAUCUAAGAAACUUUUUCUCGUGCAAGACAUGAUUCUGAGUUGA